AUGGAUAACAAUACGGUGGUUCUCUCGGUUCUGGAGGAUCUCAUCCACUGGCCAAUUCCCCCAGCGGAUCCUUUUAGCGUGGAUCCCGCGACGUUUGGAGCGGGCGGGGCGGAUGCCGACGCGGAUGCCAUUUGGCGUGAAGAGGCGCCACUAACUGCAGGCGGUGCAGAGGAUCUUGACGAGGAACCAGGCGAACGGCAACGGUCCCGUUACGAUGCCGUGCUCCGCCUACCGGCCCUUGCACAGGCGUUAGGUUCACGGUGGGCCAAGGUGGAGGUUAUCCCGUACUUACUGCGCUGCAUAGAGGAGGAGGAUGCAGAGCUCAGUUUUGUUACUGGCAUGGCUCUUAUCGAUUUUGCAACAUCCACGUUUACGUAUCAGCGACAGCCAGGGUCAUUCUUGUCAUCGUCCAACGUACGUCCAGUGACUUUAUUUUUAGACAAUGGUCGGCCACUCUCACUAGAAAACCUUCUACCCGUGGUGGUUAGCAUGGGUGCCUCCAAUGAUGCCGGUGUCCGUCGGUUCCUUGUCGAGGUGGUUAUCCCAAUGCUGUUUUUUGGUGUCCCCCUCGAGCGUAACCCUGACCUCUGCGACUGGAAGACGAAGUAUCUCAAGGUUUGGCCGGACGGCGGUGAUGGGGCCGAGCUGGGCGAUGAACCAAAAAUUACAUUUGACACAAAUGGCGGUAGUAGUAGUAGUGGUGGUGGUGGUAGUAUGAAUUAUUCUUCUUAUACAACAAAUGGUGGUCAUAGUGGAAGAAGGGAGAGGGCAAGAAACAGAGUGGAGAUGCGGCACUCCACCGGGUGUAAUGGAGGUGGUGGGAACAUGGGAAAAUAUCACGCGGGGAAGUCCGCUUUGGGCAGCAUCACAGAGGUGUGGGACCCCUUUCAAAUCAAUCUUUACGCGAACCGCCUGCGUAGUUCCGUUGCCACAUUCCUCCGUGACGUAAGCAAAGAGAAGGCGGAGGCGGAAGGGCCAAUUAUGGCCUCAAGUGGCAAUGCAAUCGAGGCGCAUGAUUACACAGAAAACUCGUGUCGGCGUGAAGCAUUUCGUUCUCGAUGGACUCUUUUUGUGGGUCUUAUGGAAUCGAUGUUGAAGUCCGAGUAUGCUGCUGCAGUGAGCUCCGCGGUGGAGUGUAUCAGCAAUGUAUUCUCAUGUAUUGCUUGGUUUGAGCGCAUGGAGCGACGUCAGGAACUCCGUCCAUCUUCAUCCCCAUCUCUGCUACGUUCCAUAGAAGAACUUGUGACGUUUGUGUUCACCACAACACGAACACAUGUUGGUCGCUCAAUCAGCAGUGGGGCAGAGAGGCCUUGUGAGGAUUUGAUGAUGCUUCUCUCUGAACACCGCCUGAUCGUCACAAGGAACCCAGCGACAUCCUCCACAAUUGCGGAGUGUCGUGGUCCCAUUGCAUUGGGAUGUGGAGGUCUUGGUGCGGCAGAGCGCGAGGUUUGGAAUUUAUUUAUGGGUGGCAAUGCACCGGUCAUGCACCGCGUGGUUCGCAUGAGUCUUUUGAGCUCGUUGCCACAACUAAUUCAAUGGACGAACAGUGCGGCACGGAGUCAAUUUGCAGGAGCACUGGAUUGGCUGGGAGGGUUGAGUUUCUUUUCUGUAUCCGAUGUCUUCUUGCAGGCAAUCGCCGCCCCCGUUCCUACCUUAUUCGCCUCAGAAGAAGGUGGAAGCGGCGAUGAUAAAAAGGAUUUGAAUGAAGAUUGCAGUGUGAAAGCGAAGACGACGACGAUAAAAGAAAAGGUCAAGAAGAAAGGCAUGGAUAUACCGCAUGCCAUGUGGCCGCCGUUAGAGAGUGAAGUGAGCCACGAUUCUGGCAUUGCUGAGGCAGUCAUUGAUGGGGUGCAGCACCUGUUAGACGAGUUACUGCGUCCUCACACGAUAAAAGACUUCUUGCAAGUAAAAGGAGAUUGCAGUUCCGAAUUGACGCUGGUGGAGAAGAUGGAUCGACUGUUGCAAUUAUGUAGAAUCUAUCGUGACUGCGUGGUCGGGUUGGCCGCGUUACCCUCGUGGAGAACGAGGUGGUUGGCAACGCAGCGCCUGCCGCACAUUACAGCGGCAGUUGUUGAGGUUUUACGUCGGGUUGGUGACGAUGACCCCAAGGACGGUCCCGCACUCGUGGAAGCGUGCACAGAGUUUUUAUGUCAGUUGCAUGUGGAGCAAUGGUCUUCAGUGGAAGGGCGCGACAGACAUAUGCGGGAAAUUGUGCGCGAUAAGGAGGAGGAAGUGCGCUGCGUCAUUUCUGUGUGUGCUGCAGGUGUGUUUCGGGCUCUGGGACAAGGCAUGUUUUGUCUCGUGUUUCCACGGGGUGUUGUUGUUGAUAUGAAGUCAAAGAGUCUUGUGGUCUCGGAGACACGCGAAGGCGGCAGUGUAUCGAGGGCCCGCCAUGCGGACCCCACCAAAUUGGAUACAGUGUGUAACAAGGCUGGAAAUAAUGGCGGCAAUGGGCACGGAGGGCUGCUUUCUGUCAGUAUUUUGAUGCGGUUACUUCCAAAGUUGUUUGAUGUUGUUUUUUCCUGUUGUGCAUGCGUCUUGCACGAUCCCGAGGAACGUGUACGGGCGGGCGCAGCCGCUGGGCUCUCCGCGCUUGCUCGAACAUUGAGCGCAAUGGUCAUGGCCUGUGAUCUGCAUGUGGAUGAACUUGGAAAAAGUACGUGGCUGCAGUAUCUGGACGGCACUACCAUGUCGCUUAUGAUGCUACUAACCGAUAAGAGUCCAACGGUGCAAAUUGCGCUUGUGACGGAGCUGGCAGCUCUUCUUGUGAGCAGUGCCGUGGAAACAGGGAGACUUGCGGCGACAAUUGGUAGUCACAGGAAGGAUGGGGCGGCCCAGUUGCGGAGAGAGGCCCUUAUUGCGUGUUUGCAGAGCCUUUCACGUCAUGAAGUAUGGCGCUAUCGUGAGCGCUACGCGAGGAUAUUGUCAGAGAUGUGUGUAAAGUUUUUGGCACCAAAUUCACUGGCCGCGGUAGAGGCGGUCUCACUGCCGCCAGGGGGCGAGACCCACAUUCUUGAGGAUGGUCUGCGUGAGAGCAGCGUCGCGGCAGGACGCCCAAGCGGCGUGGUGGUGGCUGAAGAUGGUGUCAACCCGCUUCAUGGCUUUGCCAAGGAGGCGUUGCUUCCACUUUUGGUGGAAGUCCUGUUUGACAAGGUGAAGGCAGUGCGAGAUAGUGCGCUGGAGUCGCUGGAGAAGAUGUGCGACCAACUCUCAGCGGCGCGCUCACAGCUUCAGGCAGCCUCGUCUAGCGAUGGCACCAGCAGUGGCGUCGGUGGAGUUGGAAUGGCUGCUGGCGGCGGUGGCGGCGGCGGCAGUAGAGGUGGAAUUUCCCGCGGCACCACGAGCAGCAGCAAAAGUAACAGGCAGAAGCCCCACCACAAUCAGCAACAACAUGACGAUGAUGUCUUUAUCAAUGACACGCUGUGGCCACUGAUUGUCAGGUCCCCCAAGGCGAUGGCGACGUAUCUUAGCCGGAGUUCGCUUCUUCGCAUAGCGGUUCGCCUUGGAGUCGACAAGGAGUCUAUUCUUCUUCCAUUGCUCGACCAUCUGGGACACGAUGCGGUGCUGAACGUGCGGCUUGUUGUUGCCAAGGAGUUGUAUGGAAUCCUUGCCGGUUCUUCCACUUCGGCAUCUACCCCCGCAGCCCGUACAUCCAAAGUCACCUUUACGGAUCAGGAGAAGAACGGGGUGGUGUUGCAGCUUCUGAGAUUGCUGGUGGAGGAUAAAUCCGGUGAUGUUCGUGAUGAGGCUGCCAAAGCCUUGAAAAUUUGUUUCUGA